CGGCGUCGCGAUACAACGGAUUCGACAGUAAUGGCUUGGGCUACCUGUGCAUGAUGUUUACUAGAGAGCCUAUAAAUGCUCUUUGAGUUGAAACUCCUAUAUUUCUUGAAGGGAAAAUAGUCGUGUUAGUUGGAUGUAGCAUUAUAUGUAACAGGUUAAUGUGAUUGCUUGAUUACUCGCUCUCUGAAAGUCCUGUGAGGAUCAUCGCAGAUAAAUGGAAGUUAAAGAUUUACUUCCGGUGACGUAAAAACACCAGAUGAGCUUGAGCUCCAAAAUGGCAGCCUGCAAGCACCCGUGCAAACUACAAAAAUCGAAAUCUUGCGUGUAAGCACACAAGUAAGACCCGACAGUAAGGCGUUAACUGUGAUAGAGAAGAGGUAGAACUGUGGUGCAGGAAUGGCAAUACCAGUGGUAUUAUUCUAUGAUUUUUUUAUUCGUUUCUUGUAAACAUUGUGAUGCAGUCCAAAUUCUUGCCCCCGUUCAAUUUCAAGAUUUAAAGGUUGCGCCUAGCAAGAGCAUCCUAAAUGGAUGAAACUGCUAAAACAAAUGUCACAGAAACUAAUAAUAUCGCUGAUGGUAAGGAAUCUGGCGAUGCAGUGUUGAGAGCCCCACCAAGGCGGCGAAAAUCUGCUAAGAGAGCGCGAUUAAAUCAGGAUUCCUGCUCGAACGAAUGCCAACCGACAAGCGAAGCCACAUCUACGACUGAAAAUGCAUCUUUUAACACUAUUCUGCCAGAAACGGCCAGUAAUAACCAAGGUACAAGCAGUGAUAGAGAUGAUUCAAAGGAAUCACACAGUCUUUUGCAAUCAGAGGAGAUAGAGAGAGUUUGCGAACAACAACAUGGCGAAAUUCACUCGAGUGAAACAAAACACUCACGCGAAAGUACAUGUCCAAAUUUGUAUUCGAAACCGAAGCAAGAUGAACAAAAGCUUUUAAAUGAUGAUAAUGUUGAUAUUCUAAUAGAAGCGCCACAAAACGAUUGCGUAGCAAAUGAAAAGGGAGCGUCUAGCGAUGUAGAGGUCAGUCAUAACAUGGGAAACAAACUGCCAGUUGAAAUUUCAAAAGAAUCGAGAAAUAAUGUGAUUGUUCAGACUGGGGAUAAUUCACUAGGAAUCAUUAAUGAUGGUGGUACAGCGUUUAUUUGUACAGAAGAAGUAGGACAUUUCUGCUGGGUCGAUGUAGAAAAUAGCAAUGGAGGAAAAGUUGUCGGUAAUAAUCCUGGAACAAUCGAAAACGAGGAUGUACUUCCGCCUGCGGUCACAAGUGAUUCCAUGCGACAUCCAGAAGACAUGUCUACAAUGAGGGAGACACAAGACCAAAAACAAACCGACCCCGCUGCAAAUGGUAGUUCUGAAGCCACAAAUUCUAAUGAUUCUGACCAUAAGAAUGCAAACAUUCGAUUCUCCGACAUUGAUAAGAAUGUCAAUAUUUCAGAUAGCCAAGGUGAGAACAUCCAUGUGGAUUCACAGUCCAGUAAGAAAACACAAGACAGCGAGAUGGAAGAAGUGAAAGAUCCAUCAAAAUCUUUAAGUUUAGAAGGUACAAGCUCACUGCCAUACAAAUCACUGGAGAAUAAUGGUUCAGACUCAACCCUUAGAACAGAUGAGGACAAUUUCUCCACAGCCUCAGAGAGUGACGAUGACAGCUUUUACUCAGAUGUUACAAGCUCAGAGGGAGAGUAUAAUAUGGAAGAUGCAGAAAUAUCUUUUGGCGUUGGAAAUUUACUUGAGCAGGGAAUUGAUAAGAAAACAAAUGGAACUACUUUAGCAUCUCCAGAUGGUGACACAGUCCAGGAGAUCCUGUCUGUCUUCCCCGAUACUGAGUAUCUUACAGUUCGGGAUACUCAAAGUGAUGACAAGGCCAUUGAUAACACACUCACUGAAGAGCAAAGACACAGUAGUUCUAGUGGCAGCUUUGGUUUGAGUGAGGAAAGGGCAAAGUCACUAAAAAGACAUAUUGGAAGUUUUAAAGAAGGCAAAUGUGUAGAAGCAAGUGCAGAAUCAGUUCGAUUUGCUGAGGUUAUGAAGAAUCAAAGCUUGUCCAUAGAUGAACAAGUAAUUAAUGACGUAUUUGACCAAGACAAAGAGUCAAAUGGACCUCUUUUUGAAAGUGAGGUAAAUGAUGACAAUUCAGACCUGUUUAUAACUUAUGUUACUCCAUUUGCGAGGGGUCCAAUAAGGCCAACCUUGAGCCUAAGACAUUUGAGUUAUACCAGUAACCACGAGAAAGAUGGAAACCUCGAGAUCUCGAGGGAGAGAUACCUUGAUGGCUCACCUCGUGUUAGAUCACGUAGCACUGGCGACAUUGAUGAGCUGGACUUGGAGGAACAUUUCAAAUUUGGGUCACUGAGUACCAUUCCAAGAAUGUCAAGGUCGUCACGCGUGAUUGUGCGAAGGAAUUCAAGUAAAGAAAGUGAUGUUCCAACGGAAAAGCUAGGCUUGGAUGAGGAAUGGAAGGAUUACUCACAUGCAGAUAAUAAUACAAAGCCUCCAGUCAUUGCUAGUGAAGCUGGAAGUCCUAGCAGUGAUUCGGUCAUAAGAAAUUUUAGAGCAAACCUUGAAGAGGAACGUGAUGAAGACAGACCGUUUCCUUCAGUUGAUGAUCAAAAUUCUGGAAACAGACUUGAUGUGAAUUCCGAACUUGAACCGGACUUAAAUGCAAACGUACUGGCUGUAGCUCCCCCUAGAUGUUUAUCCAUGGUGAAGGAAGAAACUGCCUCACUGCUUGAACUAGAUUUGAACUCUGCUCCUGGCAUUGAGGGGGUCCCUGGUUCACGCUUGCUUGAAAGCGUAUUAGAAUUCACCACAUCUGAACACUCAGAUAAAAAGGAUAAAAGUUCACUAUCACCCAGGGUAAAUAACUCUGAACGUAAUUCAAAGGUUACCUUCCACGAAGGUGUGUUAGACGAUAGGCAUAUGACUCCGACAGAACAAGAUGCUGAGUUUACUGCAAAUGAAGCUGAGGUCUCUAACCAAGACAUCAGUCGUCUUUCCAGUAGCGAACCUUCACCGAUUAUUCCCAAAAGUAUUAAUAAUAGAGUUAUCAAGAGCAGUGCUUUAAGUAAUGGUGAACAAUGGGAAUCAGGAAACAAUAAUGAAAGUAACGUAGUCUUGAGAAAAAAGAAGUUUGGAAGGCGCAAGUGGUUGUCAUUUAGUAUGGUAGAAGGUGGCACUAAAUCUCCUAACAUUGAAGAUAUCACUCUGACACGCUACCGAAAAAAGGGAAGCUUUGAUCACACUGACUCUGCCAGCUUAGAUGGUAGCCCUACCAAAGCUCCUCAGUUCUACAAGGCUGAUGGGGUCUCACAUGAGAGAGAGGGGGAUCAAAAGGAGGAAGAGAUAAAAGCAGACGAUAUCCCAAAAAGGCCACCAAGAAAGAAACUAGGUCAUUCAAGAAGCUUUAAUACACCAGGAACAGAUCGCAAAAAUGUCAACAAACGCCCAAAGAAGGUGCGUACCGAACGUUCGUUCCGUUGGCAAACAUUGUCUGGAGGCAUCGAUGUCACCCCAGCUGAGUGGUUCCGACUUUCAAGACUCAGUUCCUACAGAGAGCUUACGCAUGAAGGGCCAGUGACGCUUGUAACGGAUGCCUUAGUUGCGAAUUUCCCUAACUUUCCCCACGACAAGCGUGCACAACAGGCACUUGAGCUAUACACGACAGAGCGCACUUACGUACGCGGCCUGGAGACCAUCCUCGAGCUUUUUAAGAUGCCGUUAGAAGGGUAUCUUGAUGAGAAAGAAAUGAAAAUAAUGUUUUCUAACAUUCAUAGUAUCUUUCAGCUGAACAAAGAUGUCGUGUUCUCGCUUUGUGAGCGAAUCACCCAUUGGAACGAAACUCAGUGUGUUGGGGACAUCUUUAACGAGAUGGCACCACGCUUCAAGAUAUAUGCCACAUACUGUAACAACUACGAUGCCGCAGAGACUUUGAUCAAGCAAAAGAUCAAGAAGAAAAAGGACUUUGAGGCAUUCUUGAAUGCGUGCUACAGUGACCCGGUUUGCCAGCCUGGCCUAACUCUGCAAGCUUACCUCAUCACCGUUGUGCAAAGAAUCCCCAGAUAUCUAUUGCUUUUGAGGGAUCUUGUCAAGUCAACUCCAUCAACUCACCCCGACUCACAGCACCUAAAAGAAGCCCUCCAUAAAAUGAACAACAUCGCUGAGUACAUCAACAACCAGCUGCAGGCAGUGCAGGGACAGCGAGCGAUGGCUGAACUGAGAUCACGGGUCAUCGGAAUCAAGGCAUUCGAGACCCAAGGACGAGCAUUAAUCAAGGAGGGGCAGGUGUCGCUAAUGAGCGUUAGAAAACCCUACAAGUGCCUUUUGUUCAACGAUAUUCUCGUCUUCGCGGCCAAGAACGCGACCAAGCAAGGCGAAGUGGAACUAACUUUGGAGUUGAAGACUUUGUGGGUGACGGACCUUGAGGGUAACGACCCGCAAACCAAUAAAGAAGAUGCAAUUGAAUUAUACACCGCUGAGCGAUCCUUCAUCAUGUAUGCGGGCUCUCGUAACGAGAAGAAACAUUGGCUGCAGAAACUGCGAACUUCUAUAGCCAUCCAGCUUCGUGGAGACGAGGCCACCGACAGCAGUGACAUCACCCAUCGAAAAGCUGCAUUUACCUACAAGGAUGGCCGCAUAUACUGUGGGUCGUUUGUUGACGGAAAGCGUCAUGGCCACGGUGUACUUGCAUGGCAGAACAGGACAAGAUACGAAGGGCACUUUGAGGAUAACGAACGCAAUGGUAUCGGCGUACUGACAUACAACACAGGGGAGAAAUAUGACGGAGAAUGGCUAGACGACAAACAGUGCGGUAUCGGCACAUUGAAAUACCCUAAUGGAGAUUACUAUCACGGCGAGUGGCGUGAAGGGGAAAUGCAUGGCAAGGGUGUGAUCGUGUUCAAUAAUAAAGAUUCUCUGGAGGGCGUGUUUGUCAAAGGGGACAUUCAAAGCGAGGGUACACUCAAAUGCACUAACGGAUUGACUUAUGUGGGAACCUGGCAUAAGAGCAAGAAACACGGAAAGGGAAGGCUAGUCAUGGCUAAUGGUGACACAUACAAUGGUAACUUCGUUAACGACCGGAUGUGUGGCGAAGGGGAGAUGUUGUACGCCAAGAAUGGAGCGCUGUACAAGGGGCAGUGGGAGAACAGUCAGCGACAUGGGGUGGGAACGUACGAAGCUCCGGACGGCACGAUGUACGAGGGCGAGUGGAGUGCGGAUCACAUCCAAGGGCGUGGCCGGAUGAUCUACCCCAACAAGGACUCCUACGACGGCAGCUGGUUCCGUAACAUGCGUUUUGGCAAGGGAAUCUAUUGCUUUCACGAGGGCAUCUACGAGGGCCAGUUUGAGUACGAUCUGAGGCAUGGGCAUGGCCUCAUGAGGUAUAACGACGGCUCCGAGUACGACGGCGAAUGGCAAAAUGACCAGCGUCAUGGACAGGGCAAGAUCAUAUACGCGAAUCAGACGACCUAUGUCGGCUCCUGGUUCCAUAACCUGCGCCAUGGGAAGGGCAGCAUGGAUUACCUUGGAGGGGCCACCUACGACGGGCCUUGGGAGCUAGAUAGAGAGCACGGUCCGGAUGGCAUCUAUACGGAUGUGAACAUACGAUACGCAUACAGGGGAGACUGGGCCGGUGGUCGUAAGGAGGGUCGUGGCGUAGAGACAACAGCACAUGGAGCGUACGAGGGGGAGUUCAAGGCGAACAUGCGGCACGGCCUGGGCCGAGAGACACUAAAAUGUGGCACAGUCUACGAAGGACGGUGGAAAGAGGACCGGAAGUGUGGUGAAGGCACACGUCAAAUACUCAACGGCGCACCGGAAGUACAGCACUGGAAGGAUGGCCACCUAGUAGAGAAUGAUGAAACAGUCGCCCCAGACCUCCCACUGUUGCAGCGGAGAUGAGACAUAGCGGGAGAUUGACUUUUUCAAUGUUUAAAUUUUAUAAAUCCAUUUCGACCAUCUGUCUACGAACGUGUAUAUUAAUUUUUAAUGAAUUCUUACAACAAAUAUAUGGAUAUGAUAUAAUAUGGAAUAUAAAAUGUAUAUAAAUAGAUGUGAAUCAAUAAAUCGCACCACACGGAA